GACACCAUCAUUUUAACUAUCACGUUUACUCAAAAGCCACUUAUAUUGGACUCCACUGUGCUUUACAAGCCAAACUGCAACGCAUCGUGCCUUUCUGUUCUUGAUUCCUGGCUCUUUCCAACAUCUAGCUGAAUAAAAACUUGCAACCAUGCUUGAAGCAUUUUUCGGGAAGAAGAAGACUCCCGCAGAGAUGCUGCGGGAGAAUAAACGGCAACUGGACAAGGCCAUCCGAGAGCUGGACAGAGAGCGGAUGUCGCUCCAACAACAGGAGAAGAAGACGGUAGCUGAGAUCAAGAAGAUGGCGAAAGAGGGGCAAAUGGACGCGGUCAAGGUGAUGGCCAAGUCGCUGGUCCGCAACCGGCACGCGGUGACCAAAAUGUACGGACUCAAAAGCGAGCUGCAGGCCGUGUCGCUGAGGCUGGCGACGCUCAAGUCCACACAAGCCAUGGCAGACGCCAUGCGCGGGGCAACCAAGGCCAUGCGCGCCAUGAACCGGCGCAUGAACCUGCCCAACCUGCAAAACAUAAUGCGCGAGUUCGAGCGCCAAAACGAGCGCAUGGAGAUGACGUCGGAGAUGAUGGGCGACGCCGUGGACGACGCGCUACAGGACGAGGGCGAGGAGGAGGAGACGGACAACCUGGUGAACCAAGUGCUAGACGAGAUCGGCAUCGGCAACAUGACGGAGCUGGCGUCAGCACCGGUUGGCACGCGUGUUGCGGAGAAGCCCCAGGCGGCGCCGGCAAUGGCGGAGGCGGAGGGCGGCGGCGGCGGCAUCGAUGAGGAUCUGCAGGCACGUUUGGACAACCUGCGCAAAAGCUAAAGAGUGCCAACUUCAAUCUUUCCGGAAGGAGCUGAAGAGUGAGUUCUUUUCGAUGGGUAGAUGGGCAGGUCUUGCAUGAUGAGGAGCAGGAACAGCAGGAUGUGGAGGUGCGGCUGGGUGCGUGGAGCUCCCUUCAGGGCGGCUGGGUGCGUGGAAUUCCCCAAAGGCGCGAGUGUAUAACCUGCGCGAGAGCAGGAAUGGCUGGAUGGAAGUAUGUAUGCAUGCCGAUGUGCGGCAUCAAGGAGGAUGGAAACUUGCGGAAAGCACCCAGUGGUGCCGAGGCCCAAACGCUCCUAGGCAAAGGCGCUGAUGUAGGGCAGGUCCAUGGGGCAGGGUAGGCGGAAUGGAUAGGGAUUAGGGGGCAGGUUGCCAUUUGCCAGCAGAGGACGGCGGAGGGCGAGGGACAGAGCUUAAAGAGCCAGUGGUGACGUCCGGGCAACUACCGUACGUAUAUGGCUGCUCGCAUUUGCGCAUGGUGUUAUUCGAUGUUGGCUAUCAGGGGACCGUUUGCGUGGGCUUAAACCGAUGCACGCGGGCUGCAAUCGAUGCAGGGAUUAUUGACGGCGUUCGGCAGGCAGGAUGCUCGACGGUAUGUAUGCUUUGAGUUGGGGGUCGAUUGUGGACACAUUUCUGACGCGUUGGACGGAGGCAGAUGCAUGCGCGGCACGUGUGUUGAACAGCCGGGGGCACCGGCAUACAUGAAGGCUGUGGGAAACACAUGAGGGCAAGGCGCAGGCGUCACUGGCAAACCGCGGCUGCAUAUCCGUGAGGAGACCCACAAACCACACGGGUAUGACGCCGGUCUGAAAAUGGGGUCAAACGGCACGUCGUUUUUGACAGGGUUGGCGAUGCGGAUCAGACCCCAACUUUUGGCAGCAGGUUGACGGCUGACGUGUUUCUGUCUGAUCCACAUCGCUAGCAUGUUGGUGUUGCAGCUGCCGUCCGGGGGGUGCGUUCCGGCCUGCUUGGCACGGUCGGACACGGUGGUCAGGUCGACCACUGAAAUAGCUACCGGCGUUUAAUCAAUAUUUGCUUGGUACUACUGAGACCUUAAACAUCUUGUUUGCGGCCUAAUCGGUGAUGUCGCGGUCAACAUGUUCUACGAGCUCGCCCAAAUCACCUGCUUUGACGUCAAUUUAGAUUGCCGUCGGCUAAACUAUACUUCAUAAGACU